UCACUCUAAUAUCUAGUUUAAUUUGUAACAAUGUUAUCCUUGUAGCUCUUUUCAUUUUGCAAUGGUGACCAUUGACCACCAAUCUGUGGUCACAAACGGGAAUAAUGAAGUCGCCAGUUUUCCCUUAUUUGAAUGUAGUUUUGUUUCUUCUUCAACUAAACCUGUCAUAACAACUAAUUUGAAUUAAGGAUUUCAGGAGUUUGUGUUGAGGUUAGAGGGUGAUUAGUGUAAUUUACCCCUUUUUGCCUAUCAUCCCAUAAAUUACUUUUCUCAUUUUUGGUGCUGUGGUUCCUCAUUAGUAUUAGCAGUGCAUGAAGCAUGAAGGUGAUGUUGCGAUUGAGAUGUUUUAGUUAUGUAGUGUUUGGUUCACUAGAAUGGAAUGGAAUGGACAUUCCUUAGUCUUUCUGUGGAAUGACUGAAUGAUUCCAUUUGUAAUGCAUUGUUUUCACCAAUUUUUUUAGUGAACCAAAUGUGAGAAUGAACAUUAAGAAGGAAUUAUCAUUCCAUUCCUUUUGAUUCCAGUGAACGAAAUAGAGCAUUAGAGUUUGAGAAAAUCAUGAAUUCAUUGCAUCUUGUAUAUUGGGGGGGUUGCUCAAACCAAUUGUUAGUUGAGUAUUUGACUAUGACAAAAGAACUAUCAACGUUAUGUUCUUGAUUCUUGAGGAGGUGGAAUUUAUUUACAAAUUACAUAUGAUUUUAUUCCAUAUGAUACAUUUAUAUUCAGAUUGGACAUUUUUGUUUGUUGAACUUCAUUGUACUUGUUUUUUUUUCCCUCUUUAUGCCCCCUUCCCUCCCUCCCUUAUUAUGUUACUUGGAGCAUCUUUUGAAUCGGUUCUUGUUCUACCUACUUGCCUCUGAUGCAUUUGGUUUUACUUGGCAUAUGCAGCACUUCGGGGUGCCCAUUUGGCGAGGGAUGCCAUUUCCUGCAUUACGUUCCUGGUGGCAUUAAAACCGUGACCCAGAUGCUUGGCAACAACCCCGCUGAUCCAACAGCUGCCAGAAAUCCGGCUCCCCCACCGUCCUUUCCAGAUGGUUCAUCUCCUCCAGCUGUCAAGACCCGUAUGUGCAACAAAUACAACACAGCCGAAGGUUGCAAGUUUGGCGACAAAUGCCAUUUUGCACACGGUGAGUGGGAGCUUGGCAAGCCAUCAUCAAUUCCACACCACCAUGAAGAUCCUCGUGGCAUGGGAGGAGGACCAAUGGGAGGCAGGUUUGGUGGUGGCCGGAUGGAGCCACAGGCACCGCCAGGUCUUGCAGCCAGCUUUGGAGCCUCUGCCACGGCCAAGAUCAGUGUUGAUGCUUCGCUUGCCGGUGCCAUCAUCGGAAAAAGUGGUGUGAACUCGAAGCAAAUUUGCCGCCUGACAGGAGCCAAGCUUUCGAUAAGAGAGCACGAGUCAGAUCCUAACCUAAGGAACAUUGAGCUGGAAGGUACAUUUGAUCAGAUCAAGCAAGCCAGCGCAAUGGUUCGUGAACUUAUCGUGAACAUUGGUUCAGCCUCUGGACCACCUCCGAUGAAGAACCAUGGCAUGCCAGGCUCGGGUCCUGCAGGAGGAAACUUCAAGACAAAAAUUUGUGAUAACUUUAUCAAAGGAUCUUGUACCUUUGGAGAAAGGUGCCACUUUGCUCAUGGUGCUGAUGAGUUGCGCAGGUCGGGAUGAGCUUUUUUUCUUUUCUUUUCUUAAACAUGGUGCUUUGAUAUUCUUUUUCCUGUUUUCUUACGAUGGACUCUCUUAUUAUGGCCUCUAGUUUUGUUGGUUUGUUGUUUUGGCUUUUUUGUUAUUUUAAGGUAGACUAAAGAUGCAGUAUGAAAGUUCUUCUAGCGUUUUAAGUAUUUUUGGAUGCAAAUGAGCUUUUUGGGUUUUUCA